AUGUCUGCUGAAAGUAAUCAAUCAUCAGGAGAUUCAUCAUCUCUUCACCCUUCUACCAUUUCCCAACAAUCCACACAGACCUUGUCUUCACAGGAAGAGGACGCUGAGGGAGAGGAGGAGAGUUCAAAGGAAGAAUCUCCAAUUUCUGAAGAGGAAGAGUAUCUGGAGGAGGAUGAGUACCUGGAGGAAGAAAAGUGUCUAAAAGGAAAAGAGUAUCUGUAUGAACAAGAGUAUCUGAAGGAGAAAAAGGAUCUACAGCAAGAAAAGAGUCUGAAAGAAAAAAAUUAUUUGUCUGAAGAAGAAUAUCUGGAACGGGGUAAGUAUACGGAGGAGGGCCUCCCAAAAAAAUGGUCCCCCAAACAUAUGACAGGCCCCUUCCCCACUCUGAAGCAGCUGCCAAAGCAGGCCUGGGACCGUGAAAGCUCCUUAGGAUGUGGGAUCCAGUGGGUCCUCCUUGUACUCUCCCCAUUGCAGAUGGAGCAAGGAGCUGGAGUUGGCCCAGCUUUGACUUCUCAUGGUCCUUUCCUGGGGAUCUGCAUUAUCUCCUUGGGUCCCAAUGGACACCUGUUGGAUAGGCCUUCUACAUCCUUCAUGAAGGAUAAUAGAGAAUCUCUGUCCUGGCAGGACCAGGGCACACAGACAGAAUGCUCUAUGAGACCAAGGGCCAUUUCCUUCCCAAAUUACAGACCCAUUCCCCAAGGUGAUGGGCCAUAUCAAGAUAAUGAUGUGGACAAUGCCAUGAAGUCUGUCUCUCAAAGGAACUUUUGGGGUGAUAUUUUAAAUGAGCCCAUAGACACACUGGAAGUCGAAGACUUCAAUGACAAUCUUUUUAAGAGUUCAUAUCACUCAGUAUUUAGGACCAUGAUCAAAGCAAGGGCGGCUCGCAAUGAACUGGAAGAGGAUAUUGACAUUCCCCUGACUGGCCAUCUGGAGAGCGAAACCAGAAGGAAGCUGGGAAUUCUGUUGAAGACAAAUUUUGAAGACUACAAGGGGAAAAUUCAAUGGAUUAUGAAGAAACGUGAAGACUUACUCAAUCCCAAGACUCCAGAGACACAUACUUACUCAUUGUGUUUAUGGAAUCAAUCACUACAAAUCGAGGAGUCUGAGAUAGAAGAAGGCAAAAAAUCUCAUCGUGUUGUUCAUCAUAAGAAGAAAUUAGAAGUAGAUACAGAGUGGAUAAAGAACAUUGUUGAGGUGAAUGAUGAUGUAAAAUUAAUUCUCUACCCCAUUGAGAGUAUCUUCCAAAUUCUCUUUCCCGAUGGAUCAGGCCAGAUACAUUAUCCAUCAGGAAACCUGGCUAUGCUCAUCCUCAGUACGAAAGAGAGCAAGUUCACAUAUAUCAUUCUGGAAGACAGUGAAGAAACGUGUAUUCGGGCCCUUAUCAACAGCUCUGGCCAUGCCACCUUCUAUGAUGAAAACAGAGAAAUCUGGUUGAGCCUGAGCCAAAACCUGGGCUAUCACUUUGCCAAAGGCAAAGCCCAGAAGGCCUGGAACUGGUGGAAUCUGAACCUCCACGUCCACGCGCCCCCUGUCCAGCCUAUCUCCUUAAAUAUCAACCAGUACAUCAAGGUACAAAUCAGGAGCCAAGAUAAGAUCAUCUUCCACUUCAUCCACCAAACAAAGCACAUUUGCUUAAACCUGGGCACCAAGUAUAAGUUCAUACUCCCGGAGAUGCUGAAUGAAAUGAAGAAGCAAGCAACCCUGGAGGUGGAAUUCGGUUCAACGGCUCAGAAAAUCCAGAUCCUUCUGGGGAAAAUGAGUAGGAUUCUGAAUUUCCUGACCAUCUGUGAUUUGGAAAACUUCUUAGAGGGCACCAAGAUCUUGCCAAAUAUUGAAGUCACAACCUUCCUGCCGACCCUGGACCCGGCGGAUGCCAUGAGUCUGAGUGGUAAAUCUUACACCCCAGGCCCGGGCAGUUGCCACACUCUCCCGGGGCUUCUCUAG